GAGCGGGGGGGGCAUCGGCUGACCCUGCGGGCCUUAACCGUCUAUCAUUUCUUCCCCCCAUAUAAAUAUAUUAAUAUUUUCCGCUGAGCUCGUACCAAUUCGUUCGAGAGCGGGAACUCGUCCACCCCAGCGAAAACUCGAAAACAGAGCAGAUGGCGGCCAAUGAAGCAGAGAGGAAGGUAGCGGAGGAAUCGCCGGCUGAGAAAGAGCGCGGCGCGGAGGAGGUCGUCGACAGGGAGCUCACGGCGCCACCGGGCUGGAGGAAAAAGUUGAUGCCCAAAAAAGUCGGAACGCCACGUAGAAAUGACGUAGUUUUCAUAUCGCCAAAUGGUGAAGAAAUAAAAAAUAAGAAACAACUGGAAAUUUUCCUACGUUUGCACCCUGAAAAUCCACCAUCCUCUGAAUUUGACUGGGGAACAGGACAAACGCCUAGGCGUUCUGCUAGAAUUAAUGAAAAGAUGAAGGCAGCAGAAAACCCAGAAGGUGAAAAAUCCAGAAAACGAGAAAGAAAAGCAAGCUCCAAAAAAACAGAAAAUGAAAAAAAAGCUAAUGAUAGUGUGACUGAAGGUCCUGCAGCUCAGGAAGAUGCAAAAGUUGAAGCUGAAGAUGCAACAGUUGAAGGCACAGGUGCAGUUGAUGAAAAAGUAAAAGCCGAUGGAGAUGGUGAUGAAAAAUCCAAAGAAGAGUUUAUUUCUGCAGAAACUGCACUAAAAGAGGGAGCAGAAAAUAUUGGAGAGAAAACUGAAGAAUUGGAAGAAAGCAGUAAGGUUAUCCCUGCUGAUACUGACAUACUGCCUCCACCUACUGAUUCAGCUGAGCAAGUGGUGAAAGAAAGCAAGGUUCCAGAAGAAGGAAGCUGCAAAGAUAAAGAUGCUGCAGUUCCUGUGGAUGCACCUGUCAACCCUGAUGAUGGGCAACUUCAGCCCGAGACCUCCCCAGAAUUGCUGAAAGUCAUUAAAAGUUAGGCACUUGGCUGUUCCAAUCUGUUUUUUUCUGAGUUUUAGUCUGAAGUCUGAACAUAUAGUUGGUGAUGGACAUUGAGAGUUAUUGUUGUAUCCUGUUUGAAUCUCCUGGGAUGUAACUUGGGAAUAUCUUCUGAUACCAUUUAACCUAUCAUGUGAACUCAAUAUUCUUGAAUGUUUGUAUUUUGUUUUUACAAUAGCAUGUCACAGGUUUCGUGCAUGAGGCCAGACUUAAAUUCACUGUGGUAACUUGUCUGACUGCCAAGUUUGUUUUCAUUUAGCAGGUAUUCUGGGUAAAAUCUUGUUGGCGCACAAUGUACGUGUAUGAGCUAUUCAUUCAGUGUUUUAUUGCUAAAGAUUGAACGGAGUCCAUAUUUUAAAUGGUAAUGGGGAUUUGUUUUUGCUUUUCAAUGAAAUGUAUAUUCAGUGUGA